CCCCUCCCUAUGACUGCCCUCGCCCGCCCCAUCUACGCCGCUCACGCACCAGGCUCCAUGCACACCGUGUCUCCCCCGUCCGAGGACGAGAGCGACGCGUCCUCCGUGAUGUCCACUUCGACCUGUUUCGUGGCCAGUGCAGGGACUUCCGCCACCUCCCACGACUUGGAGAUGCGGUCCGUGUCCCCAGCGCCUUCGGUAUAUUCCAUGACAAGCUCGCUCCGCGCGGCAUCAUACCGCCACGAGUACGGAAGAGGCAUCAACAACUAUUCGGAGGUGUACCGCUUACCUGCCGACGACGAGGAGUUUGAGCGCCUCGACCAGCAACACAACAUCUUCAUGGAGGUGAUGGGCAAGUACCCGCCGCCGCUGGCGCAAAUACUCGCGGACGAUACGCCUGGGGAGCCGAAGACGUGCGUUGACCUGGGCUGUGGAAGCGGAAGCUGGAUACUUGAUGUGUCGCGCGACUUUCCGCACUGCAGCACCGUCGCAGUGGACUUGGUUCCCAUGCAGGCCCUAAACAUGCCGCCGAAUCUCAGGAGCGAGGUCGACGACAUCAACCUUGGCCUCCAGCACUUUUUCGGCGACUUCAACGUCGUCCACGCUCGCUUGAUCUCGUCUGGGAUCCGGGAUUACGAGGGGCUGGUCGAUCAAAUGUCCCAGUGCCUGCGCUUAGGGGGCCUCCUCGACCUUAUGGAGUUUGAUUUCCGGGUAUAUGGCGUCGACAAAAAGCCGAUCCUUACGGAGGACGCAUCGUGGCUCGCGCACUGGAUGAACUUGUGCCACAAGGCCGUCCACCGCAAUGGCGGAGAACCAGACGCUGCGAACCAUCUCCAUCGAUGGGUGUUACAGAGCAACGCGUUUGAGGACGUUGCAUACCGGGAGUUCUGGUUCCAAACUUCUCCCUGGAGAAGUGGCAAUGAUGCCGCGACUGUUCGGCAGAAUCGCAUCGCGCAUGUCUUCAGGGACGAUAUAUUGGCAUUCCUGCGGUCGGGCCGCCCAUUGCUUCUUGGCAGCGGGGUGCCAGAGGAUGUCGUCGAUGAAGUCGAGGAGAACGCGCGUGUUGAGCUCAUGGAAGCACGGACUCAGACAUACAUUCGCGUCGAGAACGUUUACGCACUGAAGAGGCGCGACUAAUCGUGGUCACGGUUUGCUGCAAUUCGGACGGUACUCUAUUCGCAUUCUUAAUUGCAAGCGUUUGUGCAUUGCGUUUGUAUAUCAUUAUUACGUCCUGGUCGGACCUAGUUUACGUCGUAGUGUAUAACAGGAAUCCUCGUGUCUCAGGGUAACAGCAAUCUCAUCCUCGUAAUUGCAGUCCAUUCGAGAACCAA